AUGAAGCGGGCAGCGCAAGAUAUGGAUACGAGAGACCCCAAGAGGCACAAGGCGGAGCAUCAGGAGGAGGGGGGGGAGGGGGAUAGGCUGGUAGAGCUGGAUAAGCGGUAUUCGCAACUGGUCAUGCAAGCAGCUUUGGUAUUUCAGUAUACUGUGUUUUCGCGGAGAAUGCAAAAUGCCGAAGCACCGAUACGUAUGACUCGCCGUCUGGAACAAUGCUGGAGAUCCUACGAAGGUUUAAGAAGACAAAUACAAUGGGACCCUGCCAUGGGCGAGAAACCGAAAUGCCUCCAAGCCAUCCCUCCAAUCCCUCUCCCUAAAUCAGUCACCCUCGCAUCCUUCAUCCCCGCCCCCGCCCCCAUACUCAAAAAAUCGUCUUCCCCAGAACUACCCCAAGAGACCAAGACGGAGGUCGUACAACAAGUCGAAGUCAAAGCGGAACCCGCAGGAGGUGAAUUGCACGCCCCUUUACCCCUCCCUGCGCACCUCAUCUCCGACUCGCCUGCAGGACUCGCGAGUACAGCGUCGCCCGUACCUCUCGGCGCUGCGAGUACGAAUGCUUUUCAAGGCCAAGCUUUGCGUGAAGCCGCGCCCAUCACCGAACCCCAGGCGCAGGCGGGGGCCGGGGCCGGGGCUGGGAGUCUCGAUUACGGUAGUAUGGGUUUCAACGAGCUUUCCUCCUUGAUCAAUGGAGAUCCCUCGGCAUUCGGUAUCCACCUAGACGGUGUCGGUGGUGUGGGUCAGCCAGAGACAAGACAAAGUCAACAACCCCAAGUCAAGCACGAUGUGAUAGACCUCACUUCCGAUGACGAUAUCAUCCCCAUCCAAGCACCCGCCCCGAAACUCUCUCGUGCCACAUCACAUACACAACCCCGAGCCUCUCCCAAAUUAUCCAAUGAAACGUAUCAACAACAGCAGCAAGCUGCUAGCAACGACAUCCUCGCUUCGUUGGGUUUCAGCGGCCAAGAUGCGCCCGAAGCGUCCUCGGGGAAUGCAACAAGGGAGAACGUCAUGAACUUUGAUCUUGGAGGGAGUGGAGAGGACUUCUCGGCUUUGGCUGGGUUGUUCCAAGGGCGCGACGCCGGACCUGGUGGCAGUGGAGGGCAAGAAACCCAGCCCCAGCCCGCACCCACCAUCCCCACUCAACCAUCCGCCCCUCCCUCCCAAAUCCCAACGCAAACCCAACCCAUCCCCCCCCAAGACCCUCCUCCUCCCUCCACCGCUUUAGCAGAGGCAGAGAAAGAAGACCAAGCCGAAGGCGGGGGUAUGGGCGGGUCGUUGGAAGACCUGUUUGCAGAGGCAGACGGGCUUAUAUCGACUAUCCCUGUCGAAGAGGACGUCCUCAAAGCUGAGGAGCAGCCUUCGCAGACUUUGUAUCAGGCUCCUGUUCCUGCGCAAACGCAGCCUCAGGCGCAAGUGCCAAGCCAGCCCUCGCAGACCCAGACCCAGACCCAGACCCAGAACCAAAGCCAGCAAAACGCACCGAGCACAAAUCCCCCCAACCAAAUCUCACACGACCCCCUCCUCGGCAUGUCGCUCGACAUAUCCAAUAUGGGCAUGGGCAACAUGGACAUGUCGUCCCUCGGUGGAAACUUUGGUAUCGGCCAAAGCACCGGGAUGGGCGGAGACAAUCUGAAUGACAUGUCUAUGGACACCGGUAUAGGCAUGGACAUGGGUAUGGGUAUGGGUAUGGGGGGUGAUUCGGGGUAUGGUGAGAUGGGAGGGAUUGAUAUGAAUGAUUUCAACUUCGGGGGAGGGGACGGGGGGGAUGGGGGGAAUAUUGACGGGGAAGAGUUUGAGAGGUUGAUGGCAGAGUUCCAGUAG